UACAAAAUGUCGCGCAAGAAUGUCUUGAGUUUGAUCAACACGAUCGUGGCCAACUCCUGCAAGUGCCCCGCCCACUCACAUAAUUAUGGCUCCGCCUCCCCCACUGCAGUUCAAACUGGUCGCAUGGAAUACGCCUUUGAGAUGUCCGCCUCAACUGUGAGAUUUGGACCUGGAGUGAGUGGCGAAGUUGGAGCUGAUCUACGAAACUUGGGUGCCCAGAAGGUGUGCCUGGUGACUGAUCGCAAUGUGGCUCGGUUGCCCUCCGUGAAGGUGGCUCUGGACUCAUUAGCCCGGAAUGGCAUCAACUACGAAGUUUAUGAUGAAACCCGCGUGGAGCCAACCGAUGGCAGUUUGUGGCAGGCAGCAGAGUUUGCCCGUCGGAAUGACUUUGAUGCAUUCCUGGCAAUUGGUGGCGGUUCGGUUAUUGAUACAGCCAAGGCAGCUAAUCUCUUUAGCAGUGAUCGAAAUGCGGAAUUUCUGGACUAUGUCAACGCUCCCAUUGGCAAGGGCAAAGAGAUAGCUGUGAAGCUGAAACCUCUGAUAGCCAUGCCCACCACCUCAGGAACUGGCUCGGAAACUACUGGAGUGGCCAUUUUCGACUACAAGAAGCUGCAUGCCAAGACAGGGAUCUCCAGCAAGUUCCUGAAGCCUACUCUGGCUCUGAUUGAUCCCCUGCACACACUAUCCCAGCCGGAACGUGUCAUGGCCUUUGCUGGCUUCGAUGUCUUCUGCCAUGCCCUGGAGAGCUUUACGGCGGUGGACUACAGGGAACGUGGUCCGGCGCCCAGUGAUCCCAGCCUGAGACCCACUUACCAGGGCAGGAACCCCGUGUCGGAUGUCUGGGCACGAUUUGCUUUGGAAUCAAUACGCAACAACUUUGUGGAUGCCAUUUACCAGCCGGAUAAUUUGAGCGCCAGAUCACAGAUGCACCUGGCAUCGACAAUGGCGGGUGUGGGAUUUGGCAAUGCCGGCGUCCACCUGUGCCAUGGACUCUCCUAUCCCAUUUCUGGGAAUGUCAGGGACUACAAGCCCAAAGGCUACUCUCCAGAUCAUGCCCUAAUCCCGCAUGGCUUGUCUGUGGUGAUCAGUGCUCCGGCAGUGUUUGAAUUCACGGCUCCCGCCUGUCCGGAGCGUCACUUGGAGGCCGCCCAGUUGCUGGGCGCCGAGGUGAGGGGAGUGAAGAAAUCAGACGCCGGUCGACUUUUGGCGGACACUGUACGAGGUUAUAUGCAACGCGCUGGCAUCGAAAAUGGCCUCCGUGAGCUUGGGUUCUCGAGCAGCGAUGUGCCCGCUUUGGUGGAGGGAACCCUGCCCCAGGAGAGGAUCACUAAGCUGGCGCCCAGGGCACAGACACAGGAGAACCUGGCGCAAUUGUUUGAGAACGCCAUGGUGGUCUACUAAUUUGGGAGCUCA